UCCUGUUGAGCUUUCAUUCUUCUGGACAUUGGUAUUGGUGUUGGGUAUUGCAGAAUUAUGGAUCUGCACUGCAUAUACAAGUGAAGUGACCUUUAGAAGAAGCUUUCUGAGAGAGAGAGAGAGAGAGAGAGAGAAGGGAAGACGAGUAAGACACAGUCCCGGUAGAUUAAACCAGUUGGAAGAGAGAAGAGAAGCUGAGGGAGAAAUGUCAGAAAUGAAGUGAACGUGUAGAGCAAAAGAAAACAAACAGAUUGUCCACUCAAAACGGGUCAAGAAGUUGAAAACGGGGGAUCUAUCACAUAUUUUAAGCCGUUAGAUCUGGCCAAGCAUAAUCCUACGGUUGUAAAUGAAUAGUUGCUCUCAGGUCCUCAGGUGCAUCGGUGCCUUGGUUUUUCCACCUUUCUCUCAGAACGGUUACAACAGGUUACAAAACAAGAAGGGUUGAAAAAAGAUAUGGCAAAUUGGGCCAAAUUUAGACUUAUUUCUUAUAAGGAAUUCUAGUUAUGGACAAGUGAAGAAGCUUUCUGAAGACAUCUCUUACCCCCUACAUUACAAAAAUGAUGCAGGAAUUGUCAACCAUUGAUGAUCUACCUGCAAGUAAUGUGGAACUUGAACCAGAAAGGAUAGAAGAUGGGAAAGAUGGAGGUCCUGCAUUCCAUUGUGAUCUUUACGAUACAGAAUUAGUUCACAAGAUAGCUCAAGUUUUCAUCCCUGGAUUAGCUACAGCUUGUGUUGACAAUACAUCUGGUGAUAUCUUCUGGACCCCUGCUUCAGUGGCUGCUGAUGUGAGAAAGGAGAUGGUGGAGUAUAUCACUCAGAGAAGUGAAAAUUUUGUUGCUGAAUCAGUUAUCUUAGAAGAUGGCGCAGAUGCACAAGUAUCUGAUCAUCCUUAUGAUAUCAUUUCUGAUUUUGUUGAUGACUUUGCAAGUUCCAAGAGAAAUUUGUUUAGUCGGGUUUCAGGAUGGUUGCUAAGUGAAAAAAGAGAAGAUAAGAUAGAUGAUUUCGUGCAAGAGAUGGAAAUAAAUGGGUUUUGGUUGCUUGAUAGAAGAGAAACAAUAGCUCAGUCUUUGCUUAAGAAUGUGGACUUUAAGAAUGAACACCACUGCAAUAUGAAAUUUAACUCUCCAGUGGAGCUUGCAGAGCAUAUUUCAAACUGCAGUUUUAGGUCUAUGACUUGCACAAAUCAAGGGUGUAGUACCGUAUUUUGUGCAAGUCACAAGGAGAAACAUGACUCAAUUUGCCCCGUCAAGAUUAUUCCAUGUGAACAAAACUGCUCCAAUACCAUCAUGAGACGCGACAUGGACAGACAUUGUAUUACUGUCUGUCCAAUGAAGCUCGUUAGUUGUCCUUUCUAUGCAGUGGGUUGUCAAUCUCCUAUUCCGCACUGUAAAGUUGAGCAACAUAAUUCGGAUGAUCUCCAUUCUCACUUGCUUUUUGUUCUUCAAAGUAUUCACAAGGAAGCAUCGGCAGAGGAUCUGGAAAAACAGCUGGAGCGACUAAAAAAAGCAUCAUCAUCCAGUCAAUUAGCAGAUGCUCGAGAUGUGAGAUCAUUAACUUAUGCAGUCAAGGAAAUUGAAGCCAAACUCGGGCCAAUGGAAGUGAGCAGCAAGCAGCCAGAGGAUUUUGAAACAAAAUUAGGGCCUAAGGAAGUGAGCAACAAAACCCAUGAGGAUGUUGAAGCAAAAAUUGGGCCAAUGGAAGUGAGCAGCAGCAAGCACCCAGAGGAUCUUGGAGCAAAACUAGGACCAAUGGAAGUGAGCAGCAAGCACCCAGAGGAUCUUGAAGCAGAACUAGAGUCGAUAGAUUUGAGCAGCAAACCUCCAGAGGAUCUUGAAGAAAAAUUAGGGCCUAAGGAAGUGAGCAACAAAACCCCCGAGGAUGUUGAAGAAAAACUAGGGAGAAAAGAAGUGAGCAGCAAACCCCAGGAGGAUCUUGUAGGAAAACUUGAGCCUAAUGAAGUGAGCGGAAAAUCCCCAGAAGAUCAUGAAGUAGAACUAAGGCCAAAGGAAGUGAGCAGCAAACCCCCUGAAGAUCUUGAAGCAAAACUUGGACCAAAGGAAGUGAAUAGCAAACCACUUGAGGAUGUUGAAACAAAACUAGUGCCAAAAGAAGUAAGCAGCAACAAAUCCACAGAGGAUCUUGAAAUAAAUCUAGGGCCAAGGGAAGCAAGCAGCAAACGCUCAGAGGAUCUUCAAGCAAAACUUGGCCCAAGGGAAGUGAGCAGCAAGUCCCCAGAGGAUCUUGAAGCAAAACUUAGGCCAAAGGAAGUGAGCAGCAAAUCCCCAGAGGAUGUUGAAACAAAACCAGGGCCAAAGGAAGUAGGCAGCAAACCCAUAGAGGGUCUUGAAACAAAAGUAGUGCCAGACAAAACGAGCAGCAAACUCUCAGAGGAUCUUGAAGCAAAACUUGGGCCAAAGGAAGUGAGCAGCAAAUCCCCAGAGGAUGUUGAAACAAAACUAGGGCCAAAAGAAGUAGGCAGCAAACCCCUAGAAGGGCUUGAAACAAAAGUAGGGCCAGACGAAACGAGCAGCAAACUCUCAGAGGAUCUUGAAGCAAAAUUUGGGCCAAAUGAAGUGAGCGGCAAACCUGCAGAAGAUCUUGAAGCAAAACUAGGGCCAAAGGAAGUGAAUAGCGAAACCCCUAUGGAUCUUGAUGCUAAACUAGGGCCAAAGGAAGUUAGCAGCAAGCCCCAACAGGAUGUUGAAGCAAAAAUAGGGCCAAAUGAAGUGAUCAGCAAACACUCGAAGGAUUUUGAAGCAAAACUAGGGCCAAUGGAAGUCAGCAGCAAAGACUCAAAGGAUCUUGAAACAGAACUGACGCCAACGGAAGUGAGCAGCAAACUGAAUGAUAGUAAAGAGAGGAGGGAAACCUCGAUUUCGAAAAAUGUAUUGGGGGAAGUUGAAACAUAAACUCAAACCUGUCAAGUAUCCAGUUUUAUUAGACCUUAUUCACAAAUUAAAGAGUUCUUGCCUUACCAGAAACUCACAGCAUCUGUAACUGUUCUCCACUGCUAAUCAGGCAGUGUGAUUUUUAUAUACUCUUAGAUCAGUUUAUUUUGUGCCCUGUUCUUUAUUCCUUGUUCGCAAUCACUCUUUGUAAGCAAUAUAACGUUGUGAUAAAAAUUAUUUACUGCGGAAAUAUUUGUCUAGUGACA